AUGACUCACAAGCAUUGUUUCGAGGCUCUUGAAAGAACAAUGAGAGACAUAUCACGUUCCAGUCAACCGAACAUGCAAUCCAAGCCGUUUGGGGGAAAGGUCAUUCUAUUUGGUGGUGAUUUUAGACAAAUUCUUCCGGUCAUCCCUAAAGGUACCAGAACAAUGAUAGUCAAUGCUUCUUUGAAUUCUUCUUAUAUAUGGCGGCACUGUCAAGUACUAAAGCUAACUAAGAAUAUGAGAUUAAGAGUUGGUUGUCAGGAAGCAGAUUUGAAAGAAAUAAAGGAAUUUGGAGAAUGGAUUUUAAAGCUUGGUGAUGGUCUGCUUGGUGAAGAAAAUGAUGGUGAGAUUGAUAUUGAAAUACCAGAUGAUUUACUUAUUCAUGACCAAGUUAAUCCUAUUUCUUCUCUCAUUUCAUUUAUAUAUCCGGACAUGAAUAAGUUUUUGUGGGAUUUAACGUAUUUCCAACAAAGAGCGAUUCUUGCUCCAAGUAAUGAAGUAGUGUAUUCAAUAAAUAAAGAGUUGUUAGAGAGUCUGUCCGGUGAAGAAAAGGUUUAUUUUAGUUCAGAUAGUUUGUGCCAAUCGGAGGAAGAAUCAGAGCUUAAUAUGGCAUUGUUUCCUCCUGAUGUGUUAAACAAUCUUCGUUUAUCUGGUUUACCUAACCAUAAAUUAGUACUGAAACUUGGUGCUCCGGUGAUGUUACUCAGAAACAUUGAUCAAGCAAAUGGAUUGUGUAAUGGUACACGUUUACAAGUCACGAAGCUCGAAAAAGUUGUGAUGGAAGCAAAAAUUAUCACAGGGACUAAUAUAGGUCAUCAUACAUUGAUUUCAAGACUGAAGAUGACACCUUCUGAUAAAAGAAUAUCAGUGAAGAUUUCUCGAAGACAAUUGUAA